AUGGAAUUUGAAGAUCCAGAAGUAAUAUUACUCGCAGAACAACUAAAACAAAUGACAGUUGCAGCAGAACACGAAUUAGAAAAAGAACAAGAAGAUCCAAAAAUUAGAAUAGGAUUAAGGCAACUAAAACAACAACUAGAAAGCAUAGAAACAAAUUAUAAAUAUGUUUCCCAAUUAACAAAACAACAAACUAAUGAACAUAUCCAGAAAAUUGAAAAAGUCACAAAUAGAAAAAUAUCAGAAGCCGAAACAGCAGAAGAUAAGAAAGCUUAUCUAUAUAAAACAAUAUCUGCAUUAACAGAAACAAAAGAUGCUAUUCUUUGGAAGAAUAGAGACCUG